CUCACUACUUCUUUAGAAAGUUAUUUGUAAACAGAAAUAUAAUUAAAAUAGUAAAUUCUUAUAAUAUAUACUUAGAUUUCUUGUCAAAUAGUCUUCGUCAAGUGUAAAUGGUCGGAGCUUAAUAGGUGCCUCUGUUUAAUCAAUACAAAACUAACGAAGAAAAAUGAGUAAAAAACGCCCAAUAAUGGACAGGCUUCAAGAGCAGGAGCCUCCGUCAACCCCCAGCACUGCUUCACCUCUACGCAGAAGACAUUGUCAUCGCCCCCCAAAAGAAGAUUUUGAUGAAGCCGACAAUGUAUCAGAAGUUCAUUCAAGUGACACAAAUUCCGGAGAUUCUUAUAAUACUGGAAUCCCAGCGGAUGCUGCCUCAGACCAAACCGCUCGUAUUUACCAAACUGCUUUGGAAAUGCUUGCCAAUGUUAGUCUUAGAUACGAUGCAGAUCAGAGCGAUCAAGAACAUCCAAGCGGAAGCCUUGCAACUGAUUCUAAUACAACUCCACAUUCAAGUAGUUGCCAAUCACCUCAAAAGUCUACCAGCACACAGCAGACUGAAGGUUCACCUCAGGAAGAUUCAAAUGAAAAGAAGAGCGAAAGCAGCAAACUUGAUUCUAAUAAACUUCAAGGAGCUUCCACUUCAAUGACAUACGAAACUCAAAAAUUGUGUUCUUCUUCGGCACAACCGUCUUCCAUUUCAAGGCGAAAUGAUUGUGACGCUACUCAACGAGCAACAUUUUCACUGGAGGAACUUCCAUCUACCUCUAAAUCUGCCCAAGCUAAAAAAUAUCCUCCACGGGAAACGAAAGCCGUUAAGGUUUCCCCUGCAUUGCGACCUAAAAGAGGAGCCGAAACUUUUGAUGAACCUCAAACAUCUUUCGGCUCCAAAGCCUCAAGAAAUGACUCCAAUCAGUUGGAUUCUAGUUGUCCACAAAAUAUCUCCAGCUCUGCGCAGGCGAUGCGGCCCCAAACUUUAGAUGCUUCAACUCAAACGCUUCAAGAAGAUCAGACUUCCAAUGAAGGUCAGACGCAAUCAGUGACUCUGAGAGGAGGUAGUGACUCUGCUGAAGGAACGCAUAGUAGUAGUUCGAAUUACAAUUUCCUCGUUAACAGGAUCAAUGAUAAUCAAUUAAACAUAAUUGUGCUCGCCAACGAGUUUACGAUUGAAGAACCAGUUAGGAACCACUUACUAAUAACCGUACAGUCUUCAGUUGGGGAAAAUGAUGACCGAACAUCAGUAAACACACAAUCAGAUUUUUCAACAAAUGCACAGUUUGCUUCAAGCAACAGUGAACAAUUUGGAGGUAAUAUGCGAGAUGAAAGUCGGUCUUGGGAUUCUACGAGUCCACUACCGCUAACAGAAUACAUAAGCUCCACCGAAGUCACCGACGCCAAUGAAACUCCAUCUAUGGAUAGUAACACAUUAGAAUCCACAUGUUCUCUCCCGCAUACGCUUCGACAAGUUUCUGAACGAUUGUAUCAGGAAACUGAUGAAGAGCAAGAACUCGAAAAUAUGAGCCAAUUGGAGGUCACAAUUUGGGAUAAUGUUGCAUGUACCAAUGGUAAUGACGACCCAGCCAAUGCUACCGAUUACCAACUCUCUGAGACAUCAGAGGCCAAUACAUCAGAGCUUCCAGCUUCCACAUAUCAGCCUCGUUCGCAAACUCAAACCACUACUGCUCAGCUUCACUGCGUUGCCGCGGCAUCUCCCGCGGUUGUUCCGACAAGGCGAGCUAGAUAUCAGGCACCACAAGCGCGACCACAUACUCGAAGAAGAAGGCGAAGGUAUUCAUCAUGGAGUAACCAAUUACAACACCGAAAUAUGGUUUCUCGGGUACAUCUUACUAGGCCUGAUUACAAGACGGUUGUGGUAAGUGCAGGAGACACUUCAAGUGUGGACCAAACUUUUGUAAGCCAACCACAUUUCCGCGCUCAAGAUUUCCCACGGAGAAACCCACGAACAGUGCCCAGGAUUCAUGAAACAACUUCUCGAGUGCUAACUGAAAGCAUUGCUCAUCGGUGGGAACAAUCCUCCACGUAUCAAGGUGAAACAAGACUUCGUCGUUUAUCGCCACAGUUCAUACAAUCCAUACCCAUUGCAUUUGAAACAAGAGCUCCACGUUUAUCGCUACCAUCUACACAUGCCAUAUCCAUGGAAUUUGGAAUCCUUUCCCGCUUAGCGACACAAGAAAAUCUGUCCAGAGAACUCAUUUCACCGGACAUAACCGCAUGGUUAGGAUCCAGUUGUCCUAUCCCCAGCUUAAGAAUACCUAUUCAAAACCGCGAGCUUUUAGCCAUGACAUUUAAUAAUGAACCAAUAAUAAUAACGAUGUUGUCACGAUUCACAGUUUUGUGUCUAAACGAAUACCAAACGAUAAUAAGAAUAUCACCUACGCGACCACAAGGUGUAACACAACACAACGAUCGUCGUGGCAAUAGUAUAAGGACUAGUACAAAUGCCACAUUUUUUGGAUCUGAAAAUAUGGACUUUACAUCUUUAGAAGAACAAUCGCAAGAGCUUAGCAUUUUUAUUUUAAAUGAUGAUUACAGAAUAACAUCAACAGUGCCCGGAUUUCCAUCUACUACUUUAGUCGGCAACAGGCUAUUUUUGUCUCGUAUUCCAUCUACACCGAUGCCUCAACAAUUUAUGCGGAUAUACGUUCGGGGAUCCGCACAACAUGUAACAUUUGAAAGGGAAAGGAUUGAUAGAUUGCUAUCAGCCACAUUGCCACAAAUCGGGGAGCGUAGCGAGUUUUCAAUUAGAAGAAUAGUGGAUAGUCUAGCGUGCUUGUUUUCAAUUUAUUUUUCUGAUGAAAGUACAACAGAUUUACAGAGAUUAGAUAUAUCCAACCCUCAGGUAACAGAAGUUAUGCAAGUAGAUGAUGAUACUGCAGAAGGAAUAAAAAAUAAAUCGCCGGAACAAAUAACUGAUGAUACACCUUCGACAUCUAACGCUGCCCGUCUCGGAGCGUACAGUAGUGCACAAUCUUCUAAUAGAUCCCAAAAUAUGAAAAUUUCGAGGCGUGCACCGAGAUUAGGUUCAGCCAAUGAAACACUUAAUUUGCCAGCCGAUAUAUCGUUGCUAGAAACUAGUGAAAGUAGUAAUGCCCAAACUCAUAUCAGACCCCAACAGACCCCAGCAGCAAACGCUGGACAAGCAACAAAACAGCGGCGUCGAAAGAAUAAGGGGAAAGGAAAAAGGAAGUAAAAUGAGGGCUUAUCAAAGAAUCCAUUUGAAUCAUAAAAACAGUUGACAAUUCAAAUCUACCAGAAUACAAAAGAAAAUACAGAAAAGAAAUAAUACUAAAACGCAAAACAAAUUUCAAACUUUAAUUAUUAUUUCAAGAACUACUCACAUUAAAAAAAUAUUAAUUUUAUGCUGCAACGCAUCAGAAGGAGCACAUACAUCUUUAGAACUCGCACCAUUAAUGUAACUAACAAUGUAGACGAUAUAUUUUCGUUCUGGACAAACUGAUGUUAAAUCUGCGGCUGAUCUAAGAACAUUCUGCACUAUAAUCCACAGAAAAAUAGCGUACGUUCCCAACUUUGUUAAAUGAAUUAAGCUUCAUAGCAAACUGGCGUGUCCGAUAUCUUCUCCACCGACUAUGAAAGAAGGCGAUAAGUCGAGUAUGGAUGUAGAUGUACACAUAAAUAUUGCUAGUGGAAAACACUAACAAAGACUGUAAGAAAGUGAGAAACUAAGAUUCAUUUCAAAGCACUACCAACAUUAUCUUCAUUGUCGUCGUCUUCAGCUUCAGCUUCUCGAGUGAAUGAUAGAUCGACAAUGACAAGGCAUAAUAAUUGGUUAUGGGAGUGAAAUAGUCAAUGAAAUGUACGCAAAAUUCAAGAUGCAGAGGAUCUUCGAAGAUAGCAGAAAGAAUACACUUAGAGAAUCAGUUGCCGUUUCCUCUGAUAAGCGAACAACGUUGUGAGAUACAGGGGCACAAGUGCAAGCAUUUGAAAAUAGAAAAAUAUGGGUUUAUAUUUACUCUAAAUCUUUCAAAAUAAAAUUUGUUGCACAUUUUCAUAACUAAAAAUCGAAACCAUCUAAUUACAAUAAGCAUACAACAGCAGGAAUUUGCAUUAAAAGUGAAAAUAACGCAAUUGACAAGAUCGUCCGAUAAAAAUAAAACGAGCCGACGAAGAAAAUGUUUAAAAAAUAAAUCUAUUUUAAGAGGUGAGAUUUCAAGAUACUUACAGCAGUGUUCAGUAUUUAAAUUUUGACGAAUGUUUUGAAAGGGUGAAUAAUUGAAUAAUGGAAAGUAUAUCGACAAGUCAAAUAAUUAUUGUAUAAAUGUUAUAUGUAAUGGUUUAUGUUUUGAUUUGUACAUGUUAUAAAUUGGUAAAGAGUAAAAAUAAAAAUACAACAACAAAACCUGUCCUCAGGUUGCAUAGAAAA